AUGGGAUCUGAAAUGAAUUUAAUAGGACAUCACCAGCUAGCCACUGCUGAUGGAUUUUCUCUUGCUGAAGGUCCUCAUUUGUUUGGUGUCCUUUCAGAGCCAAUGAAUUCUCCAGUCCAAGAGGUAGAUGUGUCACCUUACACACAGUACAACAGUGUGCCAUUUCCCCAGGUUCAGCCUCAGAUUUCAUCGCCGCCUUAUUACUCCAACCUAGGCUUCUACCCUCCGCAGCAUGAGGAAUGGUAUUCCCCCGGGAUGUACGAGCUCAGGAGAAUACCCUCAGAGACCUUUUUCACAAGAGAGACAGAGAUACUGGAUAUCCCUGCAGCCAAAAAGCCUAGACUGGGUCACUCCACGGGAAGAGUGAAAGGAGAAGAGCUCUGUGUGGUCUGUGGUGACAAAGCCUCUGGGUACCACUACAAUGCUCUUACUUGUGAAGGAUGCAAAGGGUUCUUCAGAAGAAGCAUCACAAAAAAUGCAGUAUACAAGUGUAAAAACGGAGGCAACUGCGAAAUGGACAUGUACAUGAGGAGAAAAUGCCAGGAGUGCCGCCUAAGGAAAUGCAAGCAAAUGGGCAUGUUGGCUGAAUGUAUGUAUACAGGUCUGUUAACAGAAAUACAAUGCAAGUCAAAAAGGCUACGGAAAAAUGUGAAACAGCCCCCAGAUCAGACAGUCAAUGAAGAUAACGAAGGCCAUGACAUGAAACAAGUGACAUCUACUACUAAAAUAUAUAGGGAGAAAGUAGAAUUUACCCCAGAACAGCAGAACCUUCUUGAUUACAUCGUGGAUUCAUACAGUAAACAACAAAUACCACAGGAGGUGUCAAAAAAACUAUUACAUGAGGAAUUCAGUGCUGAAGGAAAUUUUCUGAUUUUAACAGAACUGGCUACCAGUCAUGUGCAGGUUCUUGUGGAAUUCACUAAAAAACUACCAGGCUUCCAAACCCUUGAUCAUGAAGAUCAGAUUGCUUUGCUGAAGGGCUCAGCAGUAGAAGCCAUGUUCCUCCGUUCUGCUGAGAUCUUCAACAGGAAACUUCCUAGAGGACAUACUACCCUUUUAGAAGAAAGAAUUCGCAAUAGUGGUCUCUCAGAUGAAUUCAUAACUCCCAUGUUUAAUUUUUAUAAAAGCAUUGGAGAGCUGAAGAUGACACAGGAGGAAUACGCGCUGCUCACAGCCAUAGUUAUCCUGUCUCCAGAUCGACAAUACAUAAAGGAGAGAGAGUCUGUGGAAAGGCUUCAAGAACCCCUGCUGGAUAUUCUGCAGAAGUUCUGCAAACUUCACCACCCAGACAACCCGCAACACUUUGCCUGUCUUCUGGGCCGCCUGACAGAGUUACGGACAUUUAACCACCAUCAUGCCGAGAUGCUGAUGCCAUGGAGAGUGAAUGAUCACAAAUUCACACCUCUUCUCUGCGAGAUAUGGGAUGUGCAGUGA